UGUAGCUCGAGUGUUCGUCGUGCCGCUCCUCGGGUGACGCUGCAUAGCGUGAUCGAACUCCAACUCGUGACACUGAGGCUAAGGAAGUGCAUUGGCGUUCUUGCCAACGACGCUGAGAGAAAGGUAGUCACAGAGAAAGUAGAGCUCAGCUCGAUGGUUUGACUUUUAGCUGCAUCUUUAUCAAAUACGUCUUGUUUGCAGCUACCACGCUGUUAUUGACGCAGUCCGAAAGAACCCUAGAAGCAGCUCCCGUAGUCGCAUUUGCUUCAUAGUUUCUCUUCUUUUGGCUAUAGCACCUCGUAGAUCAAGCAGGUUUAGUACGCCGGACGUACCCCCCUGGAAGAACAAGAAGAAGAACUGGCAUUCUUGCCAAAAGCUGGAAAAUAAAGCAAGGAAAAAUGAGCGUCGUUCCGAACCAGCUGUAUGCCUCGGGCCCUUCGUCCGGCGGUGUGAAUGCGAACAACGAGAUUGAGAUGCAGGAGAUGGUUGGGAGACCGCAGCUGCAUCCCUCUCUGAACACGUUCUUUGAGUCGGUAAAAUCCGCCAUCCCUCAGGGCGUGAUGGAUUCCGCUAGUACGGCUUCCUCCUCGGGCUCCACGGCUUUGCAGAGCGCGAUGAACAGCCGAAUCGUGAUCCGACCAUGGCUGGGCGAAUUUUGCGCGGUGGCGAAGCCCACGGGCCUGAACGUGAUGCAAGUGACGAAAAAUCUGAGCUACUUCCGUUGGAACUACGCCGUUGUGGACGCGGGAAUACUAGGGUUCGGUCUGCUCAUGAACCCAACAAGCCUGCUGUGCAUCUUGGCAGUAUUGAGAUUAAUUUCAUAGAUAUGCGUAUCUUGAUGUUUUGUGUGGUUCGCGAAUGCACACAAGAAAAGCAAAAAUUCUGCAAUGAGAAAAAUGACCGGAGAAAAACAUCUUUCUAUCAAAAACAGCUCGGCGGUGCGUGGGCGUUUUUCCUCAAUAAAAACGCAAAUCCGGAAUGGAGAACUGUGAUCGGCGGUGUGGAGCUGACGCCGCAACACCGUAUAGAACAUACAAUGUUUUUUUUUGACUUCUUGACUACGAUGCGAACUUCUGCUUCCCAGCGGGCCUCCUCUAUUGCAUCUCACUCGGCCUUGUUCACAUCAAGAAGAAAAAACCACCAGGUAUGGCUGGAAUGUCGGGGCUUUCCGUUUUGGUGCUCAUCGUGCUUUUGGGCAGUUUUAUCUUUAUGCUGAUCGGACUUGGAGCGGCGUCGAAUGUUGUUCAUGCUGUAGUACACCAACCAAGCACGGAUUACUCCAGGGUACUCGAAUCUGAGGAGCUCGGCGUGAGUGACACCAGUAUACAAGCAGUGUAGAAGACGGCAUGAUAAUUCCGCUCCACUGCGUGGUUAUCUGGUGUUUCAUUCCUUUCGGCUUCCUUGUAGAAGUACCAUCCUUCAGCUUCCACUCAACAUCUGCUGUGGGCGCCCCUUUACACUAGAUGCAUGGAAACUCGCAUUUCGCAAAACGACGAAGCAAAACUUGCCAAAUAAGUACCUUCUUGAUGUUCUUACCGCUAGCCUAUUCUGUGCUGCGACGUGAGAUUUCCAAAAGAUCUUUAAAGCUGUACCUACCUCCUGCGACGUUGUGUCUGUUGUAUCACCCCCACGUAACAUUUAGAAAAAAAGAAUUCUUGCCUCUAGCCUUGUUCUGAACAAGGUUUUGAGAAAUUGUAUUUUCCUGUGCUGCAACAUCUACGGCCUUCACCUGUAGAGGCUGCACCUGUUUAACACGCUGUGAUCACGGACGAAAGUAGGAAUUAUCGAGUUGUCAACCUAGACAAGAAGCUUCGAAGAAAAAGAAAAUCAGGUAUUAACAAAGGAAACGAGAAAUAUACGCUUGCCAGCGCAGGUGGCCUGUUUCAU